GGACCGUUUCAAGUUCCCCCCGGCUGAAACCUUGCCUGAUUUGUGGGCAAUGUUGGGGAUGUUAAAAAAAAAAAAAAGGAAACCGGAGCAAAGAGAGAGCGAGCGAGCGCGAGCGAGAGAGAGAGAGAGAGAGCGAGAGAGAGAGAACAGUAACUAGGUAGCUAUGGAGAUAGCAGGUUUUCCUGGUACCUUUCUUUGACAGGUGUCGAGUGGAAUAAAAUAAAGUAAAACAACAGCCUCCAAGAUGUACGGCAAAGGUAAAGGAGCUGUGGUCCCCUCCGACAGCCAAGCCAGAGAAAAGUUAGCGUUAUAUGUGUAUGAGUAUCUUCUACAUGUGGGAGCACAGAAAUCUGCACAGACCUUCCUGUCUGAGAUUCGAUGGGAGAAGAAUAUUACAUUAGGGGAGCCCCCUGGAUUCCUCCAUUCAUGGUGGUGUGUAUUCUGGGAUUUGUAUUGUGCAGCACCGGACCGAAGGGAGACGUGUGAACACUCCAGUGAGGCCAAGGCCUUCCAUGACUAUAGUGCAGCGGCAGCACCAAGCCCAGUGAUGGGCAACAUGCCCCCUAACGACGCCAUGCCGGGCGGUCCAAUGCCACCAGGCUUCUUCCAGGGACCUCCCGGCUCUCAACAGUCCCCCCACGCACAGCCCCCCCCUCACAACCCCAGCAACCCAAUGAUGGGACCCCAUGGUCAGCCAUUCAUGUCACCACGGUAUCCAGGAGGGCCACGCCCCUCGCUCCGAAUGCCAAAUCAGCCUCCUGGGGGAAUCCCUGGAUCUCAACCUCUCCUGCCAAACAGUUUGGAUCCGACAAGACCGCAAGGACAUCCGAACAUGGGUGGGCCAAUGAGAAUGAAUCCUCCUCGAGGAAUGGCCAUGGGACCACAGAAUUAUGGCGGCAUGAGGCCUCCUCCAAACUCGAUGGGUGGUCCUAUGCCGGGAAUGAACAUGGGUCCUGGAGGAAGAGGGCCUUGGCCGGGACCUAAUGCUAACUCUAUAGCCUACUCAUCCUCAUCUCCAGGAAACUAUGUGGGUCCCCCAGGCGGAGGAGGUCCACCUGGAACUCCCAUCAUGCCCAGCCCAGGUGACUCGACUAACUCCAGUGAAAAUAUCUAUACAAUGAUGAAUCCCAUUGGACCAGGAGGCAACAGACCCAAUUUCCCUAUGGCACCUGGGCCUGAUGGGCCAAUGGGAGCUAUGGGGGCCAUGGAGCCGCACCACAUGAACGGAUCACUAGGGUCUGGGGAUAUGGACGGGUUGCCAAAGAACUCCCCUAAUAACAUGGGGGGCAUGAACAACCCUCCUGGAACGCCGAGAGAUGAUGGCGAAAUGGGCGGAAACUUCUUGAACCCAUUCCAAAGCGAAAGUUAUUCACCCAACAUGACGAUGAGUGUGUGAUUCAAUUUUUUUUUUUCCUUUUUUUGUAUUUUGUUUACUUUCCCUCCUAUUUUUGGGGAUCCCCUCCACCUGAUUUACCCCCCCCCCCCCCCCCCCCAAAAAAAAAAUCCUCCACCUCUGACUGGACACUUUACUCCUCCCCUAUCCACUCACUGAUCCCAUACAGCAUAGGUGUCACUGAUUCCAGAGAGGGUGCAGGUUUGAUGAUGUCACCGACGGAAGCAUCACUCUGAGCAGAUGGGAUGAGUUUAUCGGUGAAAUCUUACCUAGUGGGUGUUUGCAAAGAAAGCCUGCACCCUCUUGGCCCUUUCUGGAUUCGCCUUUGACACCUAUGCCAUGCAGGAUCCGAUCCCCAUAACUCCCUUUGUUCCCCCCGUCACACACGGAAAUCUGCAGCCACGCACGCAGCCUUCCGGGAGUGCCCUUGAGCAUACUGGGACUCUAAUUAAGAGGGGCCCUCCUGGAGCACUGACGGUGGCACAUAUGGUAUGAAUAGGAAGCAGUCAUAGAGCAACAGGAAAAACGUCCUCUCUGACUCCGGCCCCGGCCUCUUGUCGCGGUCCAGACACUGAGCGAGGGGAGGAGGGAAGACGUGCAGAGGGAUGCAGUGCCCUCACCUGCGGACACAGUUUUGGAUCUCUUUGCAGCUUCUCUUCCAUGUGUUUGAACUUUUCAUUUUAUUGUCACCAAUGUUGAUGCGUCCCAUGGAUUCAGUGAAGGGUCGGACCUUGUUGCUCCCACACUGUUUGUUCUUCUGUGUGUACAUUUUUAAGAGAUGUGAUGAUCAGUGUACAAUUUUCCUUUUAUUGUUUAUUUUUUUGUGUAUGUAUUGUAUUGUAUCAUUGUUAUUUUUAUUAUUGUCCUAUUGUUGGUAAUGAUAAUGCUAUGAUCAUUUGAAGCUUAGUUACUUUUGUUUCUCUAUGGGCACAUUACUACAAUGAAGACAGCAGACAUGCACACAAAUCUCAACCUUAUUGCUGUGUGCUGAUUCACUUGCGGCUCCGUGUGAGCACGCUGCCCCCUGCAGGUCUUUGUGUAAGACUGCAUUAGUCAUGGUACUGCUCUGCCCUUUUCAUCUUCAUCAGAGUUUUAGCAAAUUUGUGUCACAUGUCAGAGAUCUAGAAAUUGUAACUCAUUGCUCAGUAACCCACUCCAAAGAAAAAGCAGUUCCUGUUUUUAAUGGCCUCCAUGCAGUGAAAUGCACAGCUCUAUUUAUUUAUGUACUUUAUUUUGUCUUUUGAACCAUUGUUACUUUUUAAUAAGUGUUGUCCCUGUUUUUGUUAAUGGCAGAACUAGUAGCAACAGUGUAAGUAUGCAGGUCCAGUUUAUCAAACACCAUUAAAUCCUCCUGUCGUAGCCUCAAGGUGCUGAUGUCAUUUCCAUCCCGCUCGUGACGCCACUUUGGUCUGAACUUUACUGACAUAUCCUUCACACACUGUGAUGUAUGUCUGCUGCUUUGAUGCAACGUUCCCUCACUGCCUGGCUGAAGGACUUCUGAUUGGUCAUUGUUUAUGGCGGGGGCGGGCGUGGCGGGAAGCAGAGAGAGCUGUUGCUCUGAGGACUGUAAUAAACUGUCCAGUCUUUUCCUUUUCUCACCUUUCCAUCAGCGCGCAGACACAAUCACACACUGCCCCAUCUGAUUUUGUUAGAAUUUCCAUCUUUUUAUUUUACUUUUUUUUUUUUUUUUUUUUGUAAAUACUGUAAAAUGCAUUUUGAUAUCAUUGACAUGUUUUGAUAUUUCAAGUCAUGACAGUUGGUCAGAAAUAUGAUGAUUUGGGUGACUAACAGGAACUGGAGCUGCUAUAGACUAUUUCACCUCAUCACAGGCGACGCGGAGCUUCGCUGCGUGCCAGAGCCAAAAGGUCGGGAGGUGCCACGUGUGUGGGCCCCUUCAGCUAACUCACGGUCUCUCUCAUACACACACACACAGAAACUGAAUAAAUAAACCUUCUCAAACAUAUUUGUUGUGCAAAGUCUACCCUCCUAUGCUUCUGUUCUUGGAAACCGUUCAGGUGAGGUAUACAGAAGGCCACAAAGCAAACAUUUUGUUAACUGUUUGCAAGAACAGAGAGAAGGAGGCCAGUAUUUCAAUAUGGAAUGCUGCUGCCAUCACUGCAUUUCAGUUCACAGCUGGUCACCGAAGCCAAAAGCAAGUUACAUGCAGGAUGCUGGCUCUCAGUCCAACUCCAGGGACCAGAGUACAGACUUUACUAUGAAGGAUUUUUUUUUUUAAAAUCUAUUUAAAAUAGGGUGGGGGAAAUGUUUGGGAAAAUAAAGAGUAAAAAAUAGACAGAUGUAUUAAUGGUAACUGGGGCAGAGAGAAUGAGGGAACAGGUGAACUCUUCCCUGAAAUACUGUUGUAUAAAAUUCAGUGCGACUUCUAUCUUUCUGUCCUGUAAGUAAAGCUGUCACACCGUUGAUCAUUUCUGUAUUUCUAUUGUGCUGAUGUAUAAUACUGUAACAUUCAGGGCUACAGUGAGGGUUGAAGGAAUGGGGGAGUUAAGAAUUUUAUGUUCAGUUCUCCCAUUUUCCUCUUAAUGACAAAGCAGUAUUGAAAAAUGAGGCAGUCUGUCUUUGGAGAGUUGCUUUGUAUCUCCUAUUAGGGUAGUUUGAGAUCCUAAAUGUCUUGUGUAGUAAAAUAAGAGGUUCCUUCUUUGUAUGUUCCUUUAUAUUGUAAAGUUUCUUUCGACAAAAUAAUGUUGCUUACUGGGGG